CUAAUAUUCGUGACAUGACAAAUGUGGAAAUACAACAAAUUACACCAAAACAGGUUAUUGAUUUUGUUGAAGGGUUAACCAACAUUACUGAAAUAUGGUCUGUUGCAGUUGGCGAUAUAAUGGCUAUGAAAUAUUAUAUAGUUUUAUUAAAGAAUUAUUCACAUAUUUGUACAUGUCUAUCUAUUAUUCAACAAGGCAUAAUUUGCAGGCAUUAUUUUCGAAUUAUGCUUGCGACCAGUGCUGCAAAAUUUCAUAUCUGUUUGAUUCCUUCCAGAUGGUAUUAUAAAGACCUCGAUGGCUUCAAUGAACCUUUUUUUACCACAAAAAAGUUUAUCGAAGAAAAUAGUACAACAUUCCAAUGCGAAUCACUU